AUGUCGUGUCCCCUGACCCCAAACCCCCUUUUCAGACCUCCCCCCAACACCCAGGGCCUCCGAGUCCCACCCUUACCUCCUUGGGUAUGUCUGACCUCUAUAUCUUUGUCAGCAGGGGCUGGGGGCCAAAGAAACCAGCUACGAGAGGCAAGCAUGGAGAACGGCGAGAGGAAGAAGCUGUCUUCCACUUUGUCGGAUGGAGAUCACAAAGAAGAAAAUAAGUUAAAACAAGGAAUUCCCCAAGAUUUGUCUUCUUCCCCCAAAUUAGACAGAUACAAAAUAGCAAGACAGUUAACAGAGAAAGCCAUCAAGGAGAAGAAGAUUUUCUCCAUCUAUGGACACUACCCUGUCAUCCGUGCCACGCUGCGAAGAAAGGGCUGGGUGGAGAAGAAGUUCAAUUUCUUUCCCAAAGCUCUUCAGAACAUUGAAGGUCAAGAGAAAAGUGCCGAGACCAAAGAGAAUCAAGAAAUAGCCUUGGAGAGAUUUGAUGACAUCCACGAUGUGAUGUCCAGGUUGGUAAAGAACGAGAUACCAUACCUCCUCUGGACUAUCAAGAGGGAUGUUGUAGACUACCACAGCCUGACCUGUGACCAGAUGCUAAAUCACUAUGGGAAGACAGCGUCAUUCACGACCAAGAUUGGACUCUGCCUGAACAUGAGGAGUCUGCCUUGGUACGUCCAAGCCAACCCGAACACCUUCUUCCCACGUUGCUAUGGCCUUUGUACUGAGAGCGAGAAGCAGGAAUUCUUGGAUGAUUUCCGGCGCACAGUGGCUGCCAGCAUCCUCAAGUGGGUGGUUCAUCACCAGAAUUACUGCAACAAAGCCAAGAGCAAGAGUAAGAAGGAGGAGGCCAAGAAUGGCGACCCCAGCCCCAAGAAAGAUUCUGAGAAUCCUGACCUCAAGUUGCCAAGCCUCUCAGGACAGGUUGUAGACACUGCAUGCAAGGUAUGCCAGGCCUACCUGGGACAGCUAGAGCAUGAAGACAUCGACGUAUCGGAGACCAGCACCGAGGCCUUGUCUGAGGAGGAAUGGAAUGACCUGACACAGCAGUACUACUUACUGGUUCAUGGCAAUGCUUCCAUCACCGAUUCGAAAAAUUACUUUGCGCAGUGCCAAGCUCUGCUGAAUAAGAUCAGUUCUGUGAACCCUCAGACAGAGAUUGAUGGGAUACGGAACAUCUGGAUCAUAAAGCCUGCAGCCAAGUCCCGGGGUCGAGAUAUUGUGUGCAUGGACCGUGUGGAGAACAUCCUGGAUCUGGUAGCCACGGACAACCAGAGCACAAAGGACAACAAGUGGGUGGUCCAGAAGUACAUCGAGACCCACCGAUGCUCAUCUAUGACACCAAGUUUUGACAUCAGACAGUGGUUCCUCGUCACAGACUGGAAUCCCCUAACCAUCUGGUUCUACAAAGAGAGCUACCUCCGCUUCUCCACACAGCGCUUCUCCCUGGACAAGCUGGACAGCGCCAUCCACCUGUGUAACAACUCCAUCCAGAGACGUCUCAAAAACGACAAAGAGCGCAGUCCACUGCUACCCUGCCAUAACAUGUGGACCAGCACCCGCUUCCAGGAGUACCUGCAGAAGAGGGGCCGUGGAGGAACGUGGGGUAGCAUCAUCUACCCAUCUAUGAAAAGAGCUGUCACCAAUGCCAUGAGGGUGGCCCAGGACCACGUAGAAGCCCGUAAGAAUAGCUUCGAGCUCUAUGGAGCCGACUUCAUCCUGGGGCGAGACUUCAAGCCCUGGCUCAUUGAGAUCAACUCCAGCCCCACCAUGCACCCCUCCACUCCUGUCACAGCUCAGCUUUGCGCCCAGGUGCAGGAGGACACCAUCAAGGUGGUGGUGGACCGCAAACUGGACCGAAACUGUGACAUCGGCAACUUUGAGCUUCUGUGGAGGCAGCCUGCUGUGGAGCUGCCACCGUUCAAUGGGUCUGACCUCUGUGUGGAAGGUAUCAGUGUGAAGAAAGCUAAGAAGCAAAUGCCGCCCAUUGCCAACCUCGGCUUUUCAGAAUCACUCGUAGAAGCUCCACCCAAAGUGCGGAGCGCCCGGGCCCUGCCGGACACAGUGAUCGGGCCCUCCAGAACGAGCAUGCGACAGGACUGGAAACGGGAAGAAGCAAAGGUACUUUCAACCACCUGGUCGGUGCCAGUAAUGGCUGCCGAGGUCAGAGGUCCCGCAAAGCCCUCCUAUGCAUUCGAGGUCAAUAACUACCAACAUGUAGACAGUAGGUCUUCCAAGAACACUUUUACCAGAGUCCAAUCCAGUAAACACCCAGAGGUAAACUUAGUAAGUGCACAGCACCCCACCCUGUUGCUGCAGAAUGUGAAAACCACCACGCCGAGGCCCCAGUCUCCACCACCCACAGCACCAAGGAGCCACAGGGAGUCUUCGCCUUUUCGUCCCAUUGUAUUUGAGGAACUCUGGCUCCACUCCAAUUCUCAAAAAAGACCUUCAAGCUGCAUUCUCCAAAACAGGGCACAGGGUUGGAUCAGGGGUAUCCCCUAA